AUGCAAUACUACAAAGCUUCCGACUCCCUGGACACCGGAAGCAUGACACGUUCCCGCACCAGCAGUAUCUCCAGCGACUCGCAACACCCCCGAGUCGGCCUUAUGUCCCCUCCUCCUCCUGUGCGCCCAUCGCCUGCCUUUAUUUCUCCUACGGCCGCCUCCGAUAUCAUUACUUCCGACCAGGAAUUUAACACCGCGGACUUUGUCGCCAAAGAUGAGGAAACCGGCGCCAGCGCAGAUGCGGAAGUCACCCCCGCGGCGCUGGCCCUCUUAAACGGUUUCCUAGAUAAUCUCUUGUAUAAUAUUCUUGGGGCUUCAAAAUCUACACAGCUCGCCUGUAUCCGGGCCACCCUCCCGGACGUUCUAAAACCGCGUCUCGCCUCGGAAGUGGUCGCGACCGCCGACGAGGAAUUAAGCGAAUACAUGGGCGGCGCGGAGGACGAGGAAACCGAAUUUCGCGGAGGACAGGAACCGGGCGGAGAUUUCGACCUGGUCCACUCGUGGAAACUGACUCGUCUACGGUGUAUGGUAUACACUCGCCUUGGGGACAUGGAGGAAGAGGACGAGGAUGAGUACAUUGCAAGCGAAGGGCUGGGCGAUACCGACGCUACUCCUCGUCGUUUUUCCAGCCAUGUCGACAACAUCACCCCGGCAGCAGCGAUCUUCCUCACCUCAAUCAUCGAACACAUCGGCGAGCGGGCUCUCGUGAUUGCAGGCGAAACCGCACGUUCACGGCUGUCCGCGAAACUAAACGAUGGCGACGAAUCGGACGGGGUGGAAGGCCGGAAACGUAUCGCGCAGCUGAUUGUGGAGGAUCUCGAUAUGGAGAAGUUAGCCUUAAAUGCUACCCUGGGCCGGCUAUGGCGCACAUGGAGGAAACGCAGGCGCAGUCCGACCCUGUCGCACACACUGUCGCGCGAGUCGAUGCGCCGCCCGCGCUAUUCCAGCAUUGCCCACAGCCGCAAGAGCAGCAUUGCUACCAUCGAGGAGCCGGUGACUCCCCGGGACCCGGUCGAGCUGGAGGCUCAGGCUCCUUUUGAUCCGGCCGACAUUCCUCUCCCCAUGAGCGAUACUGAUGUUCAGGAAAUCGAGGUGCCCGGAUACGUAUUGAAGGGUGAGGCCGAGGUGCAGACUAUGCAGGCAGUUGUUGCACACAAAGUGCGACCGCGCAGUUUGAUGGUGGUACCAUCGCCAGUGAUGUUGUCAAAGUCCGACAGAGGACCCCUGAGUGCAUCUGCGGUGGAAGGAAAGCUUCGCCACUCGCGCUCAAGGUCGUUGCCGAACGCGGAGAAAAACCACCUCCCGCCCCGAGAGGAAGAGACCCCCGAAGAGGCUGGGGAACCAGCCCAGUCAUCGCCUAAGUCUGCGCCAUGCUCAAGAUCGUCCUCUAGAGAGAAGGCGCAACUGGAAACAAUGUAUGAGGAUGAUGAUGAAGCCGACUUUGUCGAUGCGGCGGAGACCGCCCCUAGCACUGCCAUUACUACCGUCAAGGAAUAUGAGGAAGAUUCACCCGUCUCUCCUGAGACCGGGGCUUUUCGAUAUGAUCAAGAUGGAGAUGUCUCUCCGAUCUCUCCUGUAACGGAGGAGUUUUUUGAAGAACCCGAAAGGGAGCUUCCGGCGUCGGAAAAGGAAAAGACACGCAUGUCUGUUGUUCGCGAGGAAGAUGAAGAGGAGGCUACCUCAACACCUGUCAAUGUGACCAUGGCGACGCUCCGAUCUCGUCUCGAGGAUGAUGACACCGACGAUCAAUCCGACAGCAAGGACGCGUCAGCCACUAGGAAUGUGUCGGUCCAGGACUCGGAGACUAUCGAAGGCCAAGGUAUGGCAGAGAAGCCUACGCUGACUUCCACGAUACAACGGCCUCGGAGAAUGUCGAGUAAGGACGCUUCUCUGUCUGCAAAUCCAAUCAUUGCAUCAACUAGUGACCCUAAUAUGCAUACCCUCCCGGAGCUGCAAGGGGGUGAGCCCGUACCACCUGCCGUUGAUGUCGAGGCUGUCAACUCUUCUAGAACCAUUGAAACUAUUGAUGACGAUCGCGAUCAAGAUAUCCAUGUUGUGGCAUCCACAGCUGUGGUCGCUCCUGCGAGGGAUGGUCCCUCUGAUAUUGCUUCCGAACCCACUGCGACUCCUGCGACUCCCGCGACCCCUCAUACUCCAGGAACACCUGGAACCCGGCCACUGUCGACAUCAGGAGACAGCGAAAAUUCGCACCAGCGCAGCAAACCAAAUCGUCUGUCCGUCAGUAACAGUAGUGCGCGCAAUUCCCCGACAGCUGAACGAGCCUACGUGCAACGCAUGCCUCGCUCAGCCGCAUCCGCCUCUAUCUCGUCAACGACCCAAUCGAAGGCCCGCCGUUCUGAGAGCUUUAGCAGCUCCCGCGGCGGUACACGGCCCAUCACCUCUACCUCUUCAAACACUUCUCAGAAGCUCAAGGGCUUGAUGGGUCGCUCAGGCCCUGGCGAGUCUCCGUCUCUGCGUCUGCGUAGCUCCUCUGAAACAAGUCGUGCGUCUGGUAGCGGAGAAUCUGUCGAGAACGAUCUCGAUCUGGACAAGCUGAUCAACAGCGAUGAAACGAUUCAUUUCACCCUGACUCCCCGCAGCGUCCGAGAAAUGAACUUCCCAGAUCUCCCCCGCCAGAUUCCUCGUUCCGAUACUGCGGAUACCUCCGACCUGGCCGAGUUCCUGAAGAACACUGGACCGCCAGGAGAGGAAACUCCUGCCAGUACCUCUAUCUCAUCCCGCGGCGAACAAGGAAAGCCUGAUUCUCCAAAGCAUAUUCCGAUUUCUUCAAUAUCCUCUCGCAUGCCGGCGCCACCAGUCCCAUCUAAGCCUGUCGCAGCAGGCCCGCAACCCCCUGCCCCGAGAGCGAAAGCCAGUACUUCUUCCAUGGCCUCAGCUCGGUCAAACCCCAAUCGCCCCAAGCUACAAGCUCGCGCUGCCGCUACUGCUGGCUCUGCGACUUCUGAUUUGAUUGACUUCAUUCGUGAAGGUCCGCCCCAGCCAGAUAGCCACCGUAUUCCCAGGAAUGUCGCGCCAUUCCGGAACACCAUCGAUUCAGAAGAUCUUCAGUACGGAGCUGCGCAGACCAACAGGGACUAUGCUCCUCGCUCGAUCAACAGCACCCAGAGCAGUUCCACUCCUAAUAAGUCUGUGACUUCGGUUGGAUCGCGCACUGGACUUCUAGAUUCAUCGAACCGCCCCAGCGGUCAAACCAAGGCUCCUGCGUCGGUUGGUUUGGGACUUUCAGAAGAUGCUGGUCCAACCCGCAAACAGCGCCGAGUCCGCGACCCGUACGCCAUUGACGACGAUGAUGACGAUGAGCUGUAUGAUGAGUUGAUGAGGAAUGAGAAGCCCCAGCGACAGGAGGAGAGCCUCAUUGAUUUCCUGCGCAGCGAGCCACCUCCUGAUUUCGACUCCACGCCCAAGCCUAUCAUGGUCCCUCCACCUGUGCCCAGUAGCAAGACUUCUGGAUUUGGUGGUCGCAGGGUGAGCGAUGCGGUCCGGGGCCCAACAUCAAAGAUGUCUUUGGCCUCGCUACGUUCCACCAACAGCAACAAGCCCCCGCAGACCAGUUACUCGGCCAAGGUUGGCAUGGAGCGAGGCCCGGGGCCCGCACCAGCCCGCCAAACUGAUACUGGCGCGUUGGCUGAUUUCCUCCGCAACACUGGCCCACCUGACACUGCGCCAACCAGAUCCAUGAGCACUAUGAGCCCGAAGGUGAAGGAGGGCGGACUGUCUCGCUUUUUUUUCUCGCCGCAAGAAGGUCGAGGCUUGAAGCGUUGA